UCAAGCUAGCGCAAGCUGCCUCGGCUUGCUGACAGGAGUAGCAACCCCCUGACAUAAAAAGGCAUGUAAGGUAGUGUCUCGUACACGAAGACACUGCUGGGCGGUUAGGUUAGAGAAAAUAUGUGAAAAAUAGCACCUUUAACAGCCCGACAUUUUUUAUGUCAACAUUUCGUUUCACGGUUUUUAAAUUAGCGCUACGCUGUUGACAGGAGAGUAACACUGAAGGUUUUGUAGCGAUAAGCUAACAGCUAGCUUACGUUACACCAGCUGGCUAAGUUUGAAAUAUCUGAAGACUCUACUGACGAGUCUGAAUAACACACUAAGAGAGCUGUACCAGAAGCUAAGAAAUCUUGGAGCUGGUGUCAGGAUCACCAGGUUGUGGUGGUACUACCCCACCCCCCAUGGGGAUGGGAAGUGGAGUCCAGGAGCAACGGGCCUCACUGACCCAGGGAGAAGUGCUGCCGCUGACUUCCUCCAGUCAGCCAAAUGGCAAAUAUGAGGGCACAAGACACACUCGAUCUGUCCUCAACUCACUUUUCUCUGGGGCUUUAGCAGGAGCUGUGGCUAAGACGGCCGUUGCUCCUUUGGACAGAACUAAAAUCAUCUUUCAAGUGUCUUCAGCGAGAUUCUCUGCCAAGGAAGCGUACAGGUUGAUCUACCGUACCUACCUGAAGGAUGGCUUAUUCAGCUUGUGGAGGGGGAACUCUGCCACCAUGGUGCGGGUCAUCCCAUACGCUGCCAUCCAGUUCUGCGCUCAUGAGGAGUACAAACGUCUGCUGGGAGGCUAUUAUGGCUUUCAGGGGAAAGCGCUACCUCCAGUCCCCAGGUUGUUUGCUGGGUCUAUGGCUGGCACCACGGCAGCAAUGCUGACCUAUCCGCUGGACAUGGUGCGCGCAAGGAUGGCUGUAACGCCAAAAGAAAUGUACAGCAACAUCCUGCACGUUUUUGUGCGGAUCUCUCGAGAAGAAGGCUUGAAGACGUUAUAUCGAGGUUUCACCCCCACCAUACUAGGCGUCGUCCCUUACGCCGGUCUCAGCUUUUUUACUUAUGAAACACUAAAGAAGUUGCAUGCAGAGCACAGUGGGCGCUCACAACCCUACUCAUUUGAACGUCUAGCUUUCGGAGCCUGCGCAGGCUUGAUCGGCCAGUCGGCGUCAUACCCUCUGGACGUGGUGAGGCGACGAAUGCAGACGGCAGGAGUGACGGGUCACACGUACGGCACCAUUCUAGGCACCAUGAGGGAGAUUGUGUCUGAAGAGGGGGUUAUCCGUGGACUUUACAAAGGUCUCAGUAUGAACUGGGUCAAAGGACCUAUUGCUGUGGGGAUCAGCUUCACUACCUUUGACCUUACACAGAUCCUCCUGAGGAAGUUGCAUCAGAUGGGCUACACUCGAUAGUGCCGACAGAAACGGGCUCUUAGAGGAACGAUUUUUCUGGAACACACACACACACACCCUUUUAGGAUGUGUUGAAUACUAUUAUGGUGCAAUACAAUCAACCUUUUUAUGGGCACACAUUAAUUUUAAGGCUCCACCCCUAUUGAAUUGGACUUCUCAGUGCGUGUGUAAGUAGUUUAAAGGUACACACACUUACUCCACUGAAAUGAGUGUGUGUUUACAGCAAGCACAUCAUUAGGCAGUAAUACCAAAGGUUUUGAGUUUUCGGGACGUCAGUGGAAGUCGGUGCUGUGUUUCUCUCCACAAAGAAAAAUAUUAAAGUAUUAUUGAAUGAAUCGAACGUUUGAGCCGAUUGUCUUCCAGUGUGGCCCCAGACGGCUGAACUCAUGAUUGUAGUUAAUCUGCAGCUCAGUAGUAAGGGCACCCAUGUGUUCACUGCAAACAUAUUGUGGGUUUUUUGAAAUGUGAGGUGCUUAUAUUGAUCCCUACAUAUUUUACUCCCCGUUGAACCCCCCACUCAUCCUGAGUAAUGCACUCGAAACAAUAAGUUGGUUCGUUUUACGACGAGGGGCUUUAUUCUGCACUGUUUAAACCGCCGUCGUGACGUUUACAGCCAUGCCGCCGCUGACACAGUUCAGAGGUUAUGCUUUAAAUCUGCCAGAAAUGUGAACAUCUCAGCCUUGUCGUUAGUUACCAAGUACACCCAGUGUACAAGUAUCGUCUUCCACUUCCUGUCGGUGUGACAGCCUUGCUUCGUGCCAUCGAUUCAAACGAAAACUCUUGCAUUCUCACAGUGUCGGUGUCUCUGGCAUCAGCCUUCAGUCAUACCCUUGCCUGAUUGGUGCGUGUUCAUUUUUUAACUCUGAUGAUCCGUCUGGAGGUGGGUCUGGCACCUUAACGUUGGGACAGCUGCUGAAGACAAGAGGGUCGGUUUCUAUACUUAGAGCUUACAUACUGAGGCAGGAGCCAAGUGGAGCAGAGGGCACGUCGUGUCAUGAGUGCUGAGAUGUUGAUUAAUAAUGUUAUUAAUUUCCAGACUUCAGAGAUGCUUUAUGAUAAGUAUUUUAGGGGGAAAAUUAACUUAGAAUUUUAUGGAAUCUUUUACAUUGUGUUUACCCGUGUCAGAUUAACAAUCAGAACUUUUUUUAAACUUUAAGAACUUUAUUGUUAAAUGAAUGUCUCGCUAAUAAUCCUGAAAAGUGCUCUUUCUGAUAUAAAAAUGAGAAACUUUAGAGCCAGAAACUGUUUUUGAGAAUUGAAGUUGGUGAGUUAUCGCUCUUUAAAUCAGAAAUGAGAAGAAAUGAGUUUUAUUUAUUUUUUGUCCCAGAAGAACAAAAUUAGAACUCUUCAGUUUUAGGGGAUGAGACCCUUUAUUAGCACCAACAUAAAACAGACAUUUGUCUGUUUUCCUCCUCCUCUUCUAACCAUCCCUCCUCAGCUGUGCCUUGUUAAAUCAACACCGAGCAACAAAGUUUGAGCUCUACAACGUUAGAAACACAUUUUCGUGUGCAACACUUUGUUUUUCUGUUUCCUGUUGCAGCCUGUGGAGUGUCCCUUCAGCUGCAGGUAGCAGAUAAAAUAUCCUUUCUCUAACCUAAAUAAUCAUUUACAGCUUUGUCUGUAAUCAGCACAUCUUCUGAUCUGUGUUACUUAAACAGUAACUGAAUGCUGAGUAAAGAGUUACUGACAAGUGCCUAGAAUGGAAUAGUGGUGUUUUUAUUAUACUUGAGCUAACUCUGCUAGAAAGGCAGAAGGUGUUUGGGAGUGGUUUUACAUAGUAUCUCAGUGGCUGAAUGUACUUUUUUAUCUGUCUAGGUUUUAAGUGUGGAUUUGGUGAAACUAACACUGCCUUGUAGAGCGUUUCUGUCUGGGUUGAUGUGAUGUCAUCUCAACAAGUCUUGUAAAACAGUUUCACCUAAAAAGCAUUUUUAAGUUUUUUUUUUGUACACCGUUGAGGUAGCUCUGCAACAGAGAAGACGCAGGAGGUCUGGACAAUCAUUGAAUGCCAAAAAAGUGUCAGAUUUUUUCAAUUGGAAAAAAAUCAGACAGCAGCCUAAUUAGAAGUGCUAAAUCGUUUAAAUUUCCUGGAGCAUUACAUGUAAUUUUCUACUCUGUGUUGCAGCAGAUUAGCUUUUAGGACGUUUUCUGUGUGCAGUAAUGAUUUAAUAGCUGUUCUGUAAAUCCUUGUGAUUUGUGCCAACUACGUGUAACAUAAAUAACCACGUUCUUUGUUCAGUAAUGGUGUAUUUGUGGGAAUAUUUCAAAAUCACUCUUCCAAAAUAAAACAGGAAGUUGACCACA